AUGGCUUCUCAAGUCUAUCAUAACUCGUCUACACUCUCUGCCUCCUCAACAACUAAUGAUCGUUAUCAUCAUGAUGAGGAGGAGGAAGUGAAAUCACCGAGCUCUCCAUUCUAUAAUUUACGGAAUGAACAAAAGUUUAUCACAGCAGCACAAUAUAAAGACUCUCAGGACUACCAAGACGAAUUACAUGAGACUCAUGAUGAUGAACAAAUGAUUGUUUAUGAUGAAGAUCCUUUUGGUAUUCCCAAAGACCCAUUUGAAGAAGACUCUAAUGAAGAUAUUCUUGAUUAUCAGGACUAUCCCGAAGACCAUAAUGAAGAUGAGGAGAGAUUUGAGAAUGAAGUAUAUCAACACGAUGAUGACACUCAACUCGACACUUCUAGAACUUCUAGAACGAAAUCAAUAUAUAGUGGAGGAUUGGAGGAUUCUUUCAUAAGGACUGCUGUGUUAUCACCAACAGGCUCUGUGACAUCAACUUUUUCAACUCGAAGCAGUCGAUUGAGAAGAAUUAGCGGAUAUGAACCACUUUUAACACCACAAUCUGUCUCUGAAAAAAGAAAAAUCAUCUCGUCUCUCCGUAUCAACACUUCUUCCACCAGAUGUCGAGAGAAAGGAUGUGAUUGCCGGUUUAAUUCCUAG